AUGCAGACCUUGCUUGAUAAGAAGUGUGCAUUGGAGCAAGCUGCAAAGAAGGAAGAACAGGCAUGCCAACGAGCUAUAAAGAAGGCUGCCACUCAGGCACUCAAGGCUGAAGAACAGGAGGAACGACAAAGAAAAGUUGAAGAGAAGUGCCAGCAGAAGGCUAUGGAGAAGCAAGCAUUGGCACAAAUGGCCAGGGUGGGUGCGAAGAGCUUCAAAGAGAGGACAAAGGGUAAGAAAGCAGAUCUUGGAGGUGCCGGUGAGAUCACUGCCUCUUUGGCCAUUGAGCUUGAUGUUGCACCAAUGGCUGAGCUUGAUGUUGCACCAAUGGCUGAGCUUGUGGUUUCACCAAAGGCUGCUACACAAGAGAGCCUUUGCCGUACAACUCAGAAGUGA